AUGUCGCUGUAUUUAACUGAUGACGAAUCUAGCAUAACUGUUACAUACGGGGGGGCUUUUGCUGAUGUUGAAAGGGCAGGGGUGUUUUUAUUCAAUAAACAUGUGGAGGUUACUGUUGAAAAGCAAUGUGAAAUUGCACGAUUUAUUGGGGCAAAUGAUUCAUUUGAUAUUGAUAAUGUAGAU